AUCCAACGCUCAAGAAACAAGCAGAUGAAGGAGAUGUUCCCCGAGGGCUUUGGGAUCCACCACGCGGGCAUGCUCCGCUCCGACCGCAGCAUGAUGGAGAGCAUGUUCUCCAAAGGCCACCUCAAAGUGCUGAUCUGCACCGCCACCCUGGCCUGGGGGGUCAACCUACCGGCCCAUGCAGUUAUAAUCAAGGGAACUCAGAUCUACGACGCCAAACGCGGCACCUUUGUGGAUCUCGGCAUCCUGGACGUGAUGCAGAUCUUCGGCCGCGCCGGCCGGCCGCAGUUUGACAAGUACGGCGAGGGCACCAUCAUCACCACCCACGAGAAGCUGAGCCACUACCUCACCCUGCUCACCCAGCAGAACCCCAUCGAGAGCCAGUUCCUGGGCAGCCUGGCCGACAACCUCAACGCAGAGAUUGCUCUGGGAACAGUCACCAACGUGGAGGAGGCUGUGAAGUGGCUGAGUUACACCUACGGCUAUGUCCGCAUGAGGGCCAACCCGCUGGCAUACGGCAUCAACCACAACACCUACCAGACGGAUCCAGCUUUGGAGCGGUACCGCACGGAACUGGUGGUGGAGGCGGGCAGGAAGCUGGACAAGGCCAGGAUGAUCCGCUUUGAGGAGCGCACCGGCUACUUUGCCUCCACGGACCUGGGCAGGACCGCCAGCCACUUUUACAUCAAGUACAACACCAUAGAGACGUUCAACGAGCUCUUCAACUCUCAGAAGACAGAGGCGGACAUCCUGAGCAUCGUGUCUAAGGCUGAGGAGUUUGAUCAGCUCAAGGUGCGUGACGAGGAGCUGGAGGAGCUGGACCAGAUGCUGUGUAACUACUGCCAGCUGCCGGCCGCCGGCGGCGUGGAGAACGGCUACGGCAAGGUCAACGUCCUACUGCAGACCUACAUCGGGCGAGGAGAGGUGGAAAGCUUCUCCCUCAUCUCAGACCUGUCAUACGUGGCACAGAAUGCCGCCCGCAUUGUGAGGGCUCUGUUUGAGAUAGCGCUGAGGAAGCGCUGGCCUGCCAUGACCUACCGACUGCUCACGCUCUGCAAAGUGAUCGACAAGCGGCUGUGGGGCUUCGCCCACCCCCUCCGGCAGUUCUCCAGCCUGAGCCACGUGGUCCUGAACCGCUUGGAGGAGAAGAAGCUGACCGUGGACAAACUGAAGGAAAUGAGGAAGGAUGAAAUCGGUCACAUGCUGCAUCAUGUCAACAUCGGGUUAUCCGUCAAACAGUGUGUCCAUCAGAUCCCUUCCAUCAGCAUGGAGGCGAGCAUCCAGCCAAUCACGCGCACCGUGCUGCGCGUCCGUCUGGUCGUCACACCCGACUUCCGCUGGAAUGACCAAGUCCACGGGUCAGUGGGUGAGCCCUGGUGGCUGUGGGUUGAAGAUCCUAUCAAUGACCACAUUUACCACUCGGAGUACUUCCUCCUGCAGAAGAAACAGGUGGUGAGCGGAGAGCCGCAGCACAUCGUUUUCACCAUCCCCAUCUUCGAGCCCCUGCCCUCCCAGUACUACAUCAAGGCAGUGUCUGACCGCUGGCUCGGGGCCGAGUCUGUCUGCAUCAUCAACUUCCAGAGCCUCAUCUUACCAGAGAGACACCCCCCACAUACAGAGCUGCUGGACCUGCAGCCACUGCCAGUGACCGCUCUGGGGAACCGGGAGUACGAGAGCCUGUACAAGUUCACUCAUUUCAAUCCCAUCCAGACCCAAAUCUUCCACAUGCUGUACCACACGGACACCAAUGUCCUGCUGGGGGCACCCACGGGGUCCGGGAAAACCAUAGCAGCAGAGAUGGCCAUGUUUCGGGUCUUCAACGAGUAUCCUUCUGCUAAGGUGGUGUACAUAGCCCCUCUGAAGGCCCUGGUCAGAGAAAGGAUCGAGGACUGGAAGGUCAGAAUUGAGGAGAAACUGGGAAAAAAAGUGGUGGAGCUGACGGGAGACGUGACCCCCGACAUGAGAGCCAUAGCACAGGCUGACCUCAUAGUCACCACCCCAGAGAAGUGGGACGGAGUGAGCAGAAGCUGGCAGAACCGCAGCUACGUUCAGAAAGUAGCCAUUCUCAUCAUAGACGAGAUCCACCUGCUGGGUGAGGACAGAGGUCCAGUGCUGGAGGUAAUAGUGUCCAGGACCAACUUCAUCUCUUCUCACACGUCUAAGGGCGUCCGAGUUGUGGGUCUGUCCACCGCUCUGGCCAACGCUCGGGAUCUGGCCGACUGGCUGGGCAUUGGUCAGGUGGGUCUGUUUAACUUCCGCCCGUCCGUGCGCCCCGUGCCGCUGGAGGUGCACAUCCACGGCUUCCCCGGACAGCACUACUGCCCCCGCAUGGCCAGCAUGAACAAGCCCACCUUCCAAGCAAUCCGCAGUCAUUCACCUGCCAAGCCGGUGCUGAUCUUUGUCUCGUCGAGGAGGCAGACCCGCCUGACGGCCCUGGACCUCAUCGCUUACCUGGCAACCGAGGACGAUCCCAAACAGUGGCUGCACCAGGACGAGAGAGAGAUAGAGGACAUCAUCGGCACAGUGAGGGACUCCAACCUGAAGCUGACGCUGGCCUUCGGGAUCGGCAUGCACCACGCAGGCCUUCACGAAAGAGACAGAAAGACGGUGGAGGAGCUGUUUGUCAACUGCAAGAUCCAGGUUCUGAUCGCCACCAGUACUCUUGCAUGGGGGGUUAACUUUCCUGCUCACCUCGUGGUUGUCAAAGGAACUGAGUAUUAUGAUGGAAAAUCUCGUCGUUACGUGGAUUACCCCAUCACAGAUGUCCUGCAGAUGAUGGGGAGAGCAGGUCGGCCCCAGUUUGACGACCAGGGCAAAGCGGUGAUUCUGGUCCACGACAUCAAGAAGGAUUUCUACAAGAAGUUCCUCUAUGAACCGUUCCCAGUCGAAUCCAGUCUCCUCGAGGUGCUGUCUGACCAUCUAAAUGCUGAGAUCGCUGCUGGGACCAUCUCAUCCAAGCAGGACGCCAUGGACUACAUCACCUGGACGUACUUCUUCAGACGGCUUGUCAUGAAUCCCAGCUACUACAGCCUUGAAGACAUCAGCCACGAGUCCAUCAACAAAUAUCUGUCCACCCUGGUGGAGAGAAGCCUGCGGGACCUGGAGUGUUCCUACUGCAUCGAGAUAAAGGAGGACGAUCGAACCAUCGAGCCGCUGACCUACGGCCGCAUUUCCUCCUACUACUACCUGAAGCACCAGACCAUCCGGAUGUUUAAGGAGCGGCUGAGAGCGGAGCUGCCCAUCCACGAGCUGCUCUCCGUCCUCACGGACGCGGAGGAGUACGCCGAGCUGCCCGUCAGGCACAACGAGGACCAGCUCAACAGCCAGCUGGCUCAGCAGCUCCCCCUGCAGGUCAACCCCCACGCCUUCGACAGCGCCCACACCAAGACCCACCUGCUGCUGCAGGCCCACUUCAGCCACGCCCCGCUGCCCUGCAGCGACUACACCACCGACACCAAGACCGUGCUGGACAACGCCAUCCGCAUCUGUCAGGCCAUGCUGGACGUGGCUGCUAACGAGGGCUGGCUGGUGACGGCCAUCAGCAUCUGCAACCUGGUCCAGAUGAUCGUCCAGGGCCGCUGGCUGCACGACUGCUCGCUGCUGACGCUGCCGCACGUGGAGCAGCAGCAUCUCUAUCUGUUCAGGAAACUGGCGUCCAGAAGGGGGCCGGGCGAGGGGGGCUUCAGCGGACCCAUCGAAGGACUUCCAGAGCUGAUGGAGGCCUGCGGUGGGAAAGAAAGUAUCUUCAGUUCCGCACUCAGCCAAGAGUUUCCACCAAAUCAGGUUGCUCAGGCCUGGUCCUUCCUGAGCCACCUGCCCGUGCUGGAGGUGGGCCUGAGCGUGAAGGGCUGGUGGGAGGAGAGCCGGGAGCAGCUGGAGCGCCGGGUCCCCCCCGCCGGGGCCGGCCUGAGGGAGCGGGGCUGGCUGGACGUCCACGCUGACCAGGAGUACGUCCUGCAGGUGGCGCUGCGCCGGGUCAACCUGGGCCAGCAGAGGAGGAAGCAGGACAGCAAGGCCCAGGCCCCCCGCUUCCCCAAGAACAAGGACGAGGGCUGGUUCCUGGUCAUGGGGGAGGUGGACCGCCAGGAGCUGCUGGCCGUCAAACGGGUGGGAUACGUGCGCAACCACACCUCCGUGUCGGUGGCCUUCUACACACCGGAGAAAACCGGGAGCUACCUGGGUCUGGACCAGCAGUACGACGUGCACCUGAACGUGACCCCCCCCAGCAUCGCGGCCCAGGUCAACACGGAGGUGUCCGACUCGCCGGAGGAACGCUUUCACAGCCAAUCAGAAACACGCAAACUGGACUCGGGCAGGAACCGGACCACUGGUGGGGCCUACUGUGUACCAGCUCCUCCUGUUUACUUCCGUUUCAGUUCCAUGUGUUCAUUCAGCCUGUGUUACGCAGAUUUUCUCAUUAGCUAA